AUGAAAACGCGCAGAGUUAAAACAUUCAAAUCGGCCAAUUUGAAAUCCAAUACAGGACGUCAUAAAUUGACGAACACUGUGAAAAAAUACAUAGAUGGUAUAGUAAAUAGGUGGUUUAGCGUUUUUGACAAUACGAGUUUGCACGGGUUUCGAUAUAUAUCAAUGGUCGGAUCGACGAUAUUCGAGGCUGUUUUUUGGCUUGUGAUUUGCAUAUCUUCUAUCAUAUUCUGCGUUAUACUUAUGGGACGUAUAUGGAACAAUUACUCGAAUCAUCCCAUAACGACGAGCAUCUCCACGUCGGAUCCGGUAACGGACUUGUUUUUUCCAUCCGUCCUCAUAUGUAACAAUAAUAAAAUCUAUCGACCACAAGCCGAAAUUAUUGCCAAAUUGCUACACGAGAACGGAUUCACUGAGGAAGAGAGCGAAAAGUUUUUCUAUUCUCUUCCAAAGUUAAUAAUAUCCGAUAAAAUUUCACUCGACAAUGUAACCGCGUUGCGGAUUCUCAAUACUCUUAAUAUGAGUGUGGACACGCUUAUGGAAAAGUUAAUGCAGCCUUGUAGCGCGUUACUAGUGAGAUGCGGUUGGGUCGGACGACUUUACGAUUGCAACAAGAUCUUCAAAAUGAUCAAAUCCAAAGAGGGUUUCUGCUGCGCGUUUAAUUUUCAUUACAAUUUCAGCUUCGAUUUCGACAAACUGUAUGACACGCACAACGAUUUCAUCGAUUCCGACGAUGUUCGAUCCCGGUAUCUUCCGGGUGUGGCGACCAUUGUGAGUGUACCGGGUAGCGGUCGGGAUGUCGGUCUUACGGUUGCCGUGAAUGUCGAGCGCGAUACGUACAAGGCGACCACGCGACCUUUCGUGGGUGCUACUGUAAUGGUACACGAUCCGAUUGAUUAUCCUACCGUAAGCACGCAUGUUGCCUUACCGAAUCAUCUCUUGGUAGUAUCCGUUUUCUGUACCGCUAUCCACGGCGCGGAGAGUUUGUGGAGUCUUCCCGUUAAAAAGCGUAUGUGCUAUCUGAAUGACGAAAUGAACACAAAGGUUUUGAAUGAGGUUCGUUACAACUACGAAUCGUGCUUGACGUCAUGUAUAGGCCAGUAUAUAAUACGGAAAUGCAAUUGCUUGCCGUUUUUCUUUCCGAAAAUACACGGAGCGAAAACUUGUUACUUAGACGACGUAGAGUGCAUUUUGAAACUAGAAAAAUGUAACGAUUUCUUGUUUCGCACUAGUUCUGAAAGUAUUCAGUUAGAUAAAAGUGUAAACUUCGAAUACAGUUUGCUGCACGGUCUUAAUUUAUCAAACAUGUCUAUUAUUCAAGUAUUUUUUGACGACAUGUUUUACAUUCAUUAUCAUAAAGACAGCACUAUCAGCUGGGACGCGCUGCUCGCGUCCUUCGGCGGUAUCUUUGGUCUGUGUCUCGGCGGCUCCGUGAUAAGCGUGAUAGAGUUGAUAUAUCUUUUGAUCCGGAAAUUCUUCAGACGACAAUCCCUCAAAAAACGAGAAAAAUUUCCCAAAAGUUUGCCACCGGCGUCGGAAAUAUUUCUGUCGAUACCCGUAAAAGAAAUGCAGACGCGAAGUCAGAAAUCUAACGACGAGCGUGAUUCUGUCACUUGGUAUCAGUCAACCUUCCAUCAACAUAAAGCAAGGAAUACUUAUACGUAUUAUAAACACAAGUUCUAA